CUCCCCGCGACCCCAGCGGUUCAGCACCCCCGGGCCCAUGACCUGAGACACCCAGCCUUCGCGGUCCUCCCCGGCGAGCUGACCGGCCCGUUCUCGUCCCGCGGGUCCUGCAGGCUCUGGCAGUAGCCACACUGCUAUGGUGACUGUAGGCAACUACUGCGGGGCCGAAGGGCCCGUGAGUUCGGCCUGGGCACAGAAUGGCCUGAGUCCCUGCUUCUUCUUCACGUUCGUGCCCGCGACGCUGAUGACCCUGGGGGCCCUGGCCGUGGUGCUGGCUCUUCCCUGCAAGCGUCGGGAGCAGCCUGUUGGCUCCGACGCUCUUUCCUGGGAGACCGGCCCUCGCGUCGCUCCCUAUGGGCUACAGCUGCUUCUGGCCGUGCUUCAGGUGGUGCUGCCCCUGGCCGGCCUGGCUGGCCGGGUGGGCACCGCCCGGGGAACCCCUCUGCCAGGCUAUCUACUGCUGGCAUCUGCGCUUGAGAGCCUGGCCAGCGCCUGUGGCAUCUGGCUGCUCGUGGUGGAAAGGAACCAGGCACGGCAGAGUCUGGCAAUGGGCGUCUGGAUCAAGUUCAGGCAUAGCCCGGGUCUCCUGCUUCUCUGGACGGUGACCUUUGCAGCCGAGAACUUGGCCCUGGUGUCUUGGAACAGCCCGCAGUGGUGGUGGGCAAGGGCUGACGUGGGCCAGCAGGUUCAGUUUGGCUUGUGGGUCCUGAGAUAUGUGGUUUCUGGAGGGCUGUUUGUGCUGGGGCUCUGGGCCCCUGGACUUCGUCCCCAGUCCUACACCCUUCAGGUUCAUGAAGCAGACCAAGAUGUAGAAAGGAACCAGGUUCCAUCAGCAAACCAACCAUCUACUUGGAGGGACCUUGGCCGGAAGCUCCGCCUACUCAGUGGCUACCUGUGGCCUCGAGGCAAUCUUGUUCUACAGCUGGUUGUGCUUCUCUGCCUGGGACUUAUGGGAUUGGACCGAGCACUCAAUUUGUUGGUCCCCAUCUUCUAUAGGGAUAUUGUGAACUUGUUGACUGAGAAGGCCCCUUGGAGCUCUCUGGUCUCAACUGUUACCAUCUAUGUUUUACUCAAGUUCCUCCAGGGGGGUGGCACAGGCAGUACAGGCUUUGUGAGCAACCUGCGCACAUUCCUGUGGAUCCGGGUACAGCAGUUCACAUCGCGGCAUAUGGAGCUGCGCCUCUUCUCCCACCUGCAUGAGCUUUCACUGCGCUGGCACCUGGGCCGCCGCACAGGGGAGGUGCUGCGGAUGAUGGACCGUGGGACAUCCAGUGUCACAGGGCUGCUCAGCUACCUGGUGUUCAACAUCAUCCCCACGCUGGCUGACAUCAUCAUCGGCAUCGUCUACUUCAGCAUGUUUUUCAACGCCUGGUUUGGCCUCAUUGUGUUCGUGUGCAUGACUCUUUACCUCAUUCUGACCAUCGUGGUCACUGAAUGGAGAGCCAAGUUUCGCCGUAGUAUGAACACACAGGAGAACAUCACCCAUGCACGAGCCGUGGACUCACUGCUGAACUUUGAGACGGUGAAGUACUAUAAUGCCGAGAGUUAUGAAGUGGACCGAUUUCGAGAGGCUAUCUUCAGGUAUCAGGCUUUAGAGUGGAAAUCAAACGCUUCGCUGGUUUUGCUGAAUCAGACCCAGAACUUGGUAAUUGGACUCGGGCUCCUUGCUGGCUCUCUGCUCUGUGCAUAUUUUGUCAGUGAACAGAAGUUACAGGUUGGGGACUUUGUGCUUUUUGGCACUUACAUCAUCCAACUGUACAUGCCCCUCAACUGGUUUGGCACCUACUACAGGAUAAUCCAGACCAACUUCAUUGACAUGGAGAACAUGUUUGACCUGCUGAAAGAGGAGCCAGAAGUAAAGGACCUUCCUGGAGCAGGGCCCCUUCACUUUCAGAAGGGCCAGAUUGAGUUUGAGAACGUGCACUUUGGCUAUACCGAUGGGAGGGAGACACUGCAGGAUGUGUCCUUCACAGUGAUGCCUGGACAGACACUGGCCUUGGUGGGCCCAUCCGGGGCAGGAAAGAGCACAGUGUUGCGCUUGCUGUUUCGCUUCUAUGACAUCAACUCUGGCUGCAUCCGAAUAGAUGGGCAGGACAUUUCACAGGUGACCCAAGUUUCUGUCCGGUCUCACAUUGGAGUCGUGCCCCAGGACACUGUCCUCUUCAAUGACACCAUCGCCAACAAUAUCCGCUAUGGCCGUGUCACAGCUGGGAACGAUGAGGUGGAGGCUGCUGCUCAGGCUGCAGGCAUCCACGAUGCCAUUCUGGCUUUCCCUGAAGGGUACGAGACACAGGUGGGUGAGCGGGGACUGAAGCUAAGCGGUGGAGAGAAGCAGCGAGUUGCCAUUGCCCGCACCAUUCUCAAAGCUCCAAACAUCAUUCUGCUGGAUGAGGCAACAUCAGCACUGGAUACAUCUAACGAGAGGGCCAUCCAGGCUUCACUGGCCAAAGUCUGCACCAACCGCACCACCAUCGUAGUGGCACACAGGCUGUCAACUGUGGUCAGUGCUGACCAGAUCCUUGUCAUAAAGGAUGGCUGCAUAGUGGAAAGAGGACGGCACGAGGCUCUGUUGUUGCAAGGUGGGGUGUAUGCCAAUAUGUGGCAGCUGCAACAGCGGGGACAGGAAGGCGCCUCUGAAGACACCAAACCUCAGCCCACGGCACAGUGACAAGUCACAGCAUCUUCCCUCCAAAAAGCUAACUCAGGGGAAUAAGACAUAGCCCUUUUCCCUGGCUUAUUUCAUUCUGGUCUAGAGGUGUGGUGCUAGCUGUCUGAGGGAAAGGGACCUUUCAAAAAUGCACUUUUUGGGGAAAUAAAGUGUGGACUACUCAAA